AAAUCUGCAAACACGUGUGAGAGCAGAAAAAUUGAAAACAUUCUGUCAACAUUUUUUUCUUCGUAAAUUAAAAUUUCUAAUGAUUUAGAUAUGACAACAAAGCAGUAUCUAAGAUUUUCUCCAGGCCAAAUAUUUGGUGUUGUUGCUAGUUCAACUGCUAGUAUCAUUCCAAUAAAACAAAAUGAUGGAGGGAACCUGAAAAACAAUUUCUUUGCGGUACCGGCAUGUGAAAAUGUAUAUAUUUGGAAUUUACGAACCAAAGAAAAGAAUGUAGUUUUUAAUGGAGAAAAUUCCAUUGUGACAUGUUUAGUCGCUGAUUCCAGUCAGAAAAACAUCGCUGUUGGAUAUGCUGAUGGCAUGAUACGAAUCUUCAAUAUCCGAGAUGGUGAAUGUACCGUAUCAUUUAUUGGUCAUAAAACUGCUGUCUCCUGUUUAACCUUUGAAGAUGGAGGUUCAAAUUUAGCUUCAGGAGGAAAGGAUUCUGAAAUUGUUGUAUGGAAUGUAAUAGAUGAAGCUGGCUUAUUUAGAUUGAAAGGGCAUAAAGGUCCAAUAAGUAAAUGUAUUUUCUAUCGUCCUCGAAACUGUUUAAUUUCCAGCUCUAAGGAUACAUAUAUUAAAUUUUGGGAUCUUGAUACACAGCAUUGCUUUCACACUUUAGUUGGUAGUCAGUAUGAGAUUUUAGACAUGGCUUUAAUAAGAGGAACUAGACUAAUUGUAGGACUUAAUAAUCAGAGACUGAGAGCAUGGAAUAUAUUUGCUGAAUGUGAUUCUUCGAGUAACACUCCACUCCCCAAAAAAUUAAAGACCAAUGAGCAAGAAGGUUCAGAUCUUGAACAAGAUGAAAAAUUAACUGAAGAUGAAGAUGAAGAAAAUAGUGAGUUCAAAUGCAAGACAGUUGAACUUAAUGAUCUGCCAAACACUGAAAACAAAAUCUGUGCAAUAGUUGUAGACUCAACUGAAAGACUUAUGGGAAUUCAUGGUUCUACAAAACUCUUGCAUCUUUUCAAAAUCCUCACUGAUAAUGAAAUUAAAAAGAAACUUCGCAAGAAAAAGGCAAAAGAAGCAAAAAGAAAAAGUGUUGGAGAUGAAGAUGAUAGUGGUUAUGAUGAAUCUUCAACAAUUGAAGAUGAAUUUCGAACUCUUAAACCCAUUCAAUUAACCUCUAAAGUAGAUUCAUUCUGCAUUUCUGUCAAUGAAUCUGAUGUUGCAAUGAUAACUGCAUUGCUGAAAAAUAACACUAUUGUCCAAUAUGAACUUGAUAUUAAAUUAAAACAUAAUAUGGCUGAAAUCAAAAAAAGCAUUAGCAUACCUGGACAUCGGAGUUUUGUUAGAACUCUAAGUUGCUGUUCAAAUGGCUCUUCUAUAUUAUCAGCUUCAGAUGAAUCUGUCAAGAUAUGGAGGAGAGGCUUAAAUGACGAGCAAAAAUGUACCACUACAAUGCCUUGUGAAGUUUCUUUGUGUUCAGUGUUUCUUCCUGGGAAUAAGCAUUGCAUUGUUGGAACUAAGAAUGGAUUGUUGAAUAUCUGUGAUGUUGAUAAGAGAGAGUUAGUGAACAGCAUUGAAUCUCAUGAUGGUUUUGUGAAGUGCAUUUGUCUUUCUCCUGAUCUGAGAGGUGUAACAAGUGGAGGUAGUGAUAAAGAAGUUAAGUUUUGGAAUCUUGUCAAUGAAGAAAAACAUUCAAUAAAAGUGCUAUCUUUAGCCCUGAGAAAAACUCUUCAAAUGCCAGAAGAAGUUUUGUGUUUGAAGUACAGCCCUGAUGGUAAAAAGCUUGCUAUAGCUUUGUUGGAUUCUACUGUACAAGUAUUAUUUGCUGACAGUUUAAAACUUGCCUUUUCCUUAUAUGGACAUGAAUUUCCUGUCACAUGUCUGGACAUCUCCUAUGAUAGUACAUUAAUUGUUACUGGUUCAAAUGAUAGGACUAUUCGAAUUUGGAGUAUGGAAUUUGGAAGUUGUAAUAGGCGUCUAAAAAUAGCUAAUGAAAAGGGCCUUCCAAAUGAUAAAGGCAUCACAUGUCUACAGUUUUUACCAAAAACUCAUUUAUUUUUCUCUGGAAGCAAAGAUCAUUUAGUUCGACAGUGGGAUGCUGAUAAUUUUCAAAAAAUUAUCACUCUUAAAGGCCAUCAAAAUGAAAUAACAGCAAUGGCUGCAAGUCCAGAUGGUACAUUUAUUGUAACUGCAUCUAAAGACAGGUCCAUUAGAACAUGGGAAAAAACUCUAGAGCCAUUAGUAUUGGAAGAAGAACAAGAAAUUGAAGCAGAAGAGAGAGAAAAAGAAACGGAAGAUUUACCAACUGUACCAGGAGAGGUGAAUAAAGAAGUAGCCUUAUCUGGAAUGAAGACUCCUCAAACAAUAAAAACUGUGGAUCAGUUGAUAGAAGCAUUGGAAUUAUAUAAAGCUGAAACUCGACAAUUGGAAGAAUACAAUUUACUUUGUGAGAAAUCUGAUAAAAAGCCAGCUCCUCCUCCAUUACAUCCAUUGUUUACUGCAUACAAUGUUAGCUGUCCCAUUGAAUACAUGAGAAAAGCAGUUCUCAAAAUAAAGUCAAGUGAGCUAGAAGGAACUCUUCUCCAUCUACCAUUCAAUUUCGUAUUAGAUUUUUUUAAAAUAAUUGCUGAAUUUGCUGACCACGGGUGGGAAACAGAAUUUUGUGAAAAGUGUACAACAUUUUUAAUUAGAAUCCAUUUUGGGCAAAUUUCCACAACCCGUAACUUCCGUCCAGUAAUGGAAAAACUACAAGAAAAGCUGUUUCAACAAAUGUAUAGUAUUGAAGAAGACUUAGGCUUUGCAAAAGUGGUAACUAGUCUCCAUCAGCGCUCACUUGAAGCUCGAGAAGAAGUGUCCAUGUUUAGUGAGUUGAUAAAGAAACGAAAGAACAGGAAAAGAAUAGAGCGGCCUGUUGUAGCAUUUGGUUGAGAUAUUUUAAAUGUAAAUUAUAUUGUAAAUAUUUUAAUAAAUAAUGUUACUUUUUUAA